UCUUCUUCUUCUUCUUCAAGCAAACUAGCAUGACCCCCAAGUACCACAAAUUCUGAAGCUCAGCUUCCUGAGUUCAAAUCCUGAUUUUGCCACACAGUAGCUGGGUGAUGUGAACAAGUCACCUCAUCAGGAAAAUGGAGAUAAAAGCAUGCGAGAACCAAAUAAAUACUUUGAGGCCGCCUGAAACAACAGAUGACACACGGGAAUGCUCAGGGCAUGACAUUAUUAUUACAUCUGCUCUUAUCUUGCUUCCUAUCUCUCCUGAGUGCCCACAGUGUUCCUCCCUACCCAAGGUGCUCCUCCCAAAACCAGGGGUGUGAGAGCAUCCUUAGCAUAUUGAUGUGGGCCUUCAGGAUCUACAGCCUCAGCCCCCCGCUUGCUUCUAUGACAUCACAGAAACCCUCCAUGAUGUCACAAGCCUUUAUCCCCGGGGCUGAGCAUCAUCAGUUGGAAGCAGGAUGGAGAAUGAAUCUACAUAAAUCCAGUCCGUUUCAUCAAUUUCUACUUGCAUGUUCCUGAUCAAUGUCUCCCCACCCCCAGGGACCCAAGUGGAUGACCAGCUCGGGCGACAACCCACUGCCCACUUCCUAGGAGCCAGCAGGAGCUGGCACUGUGGCUGUUUAAGUCCCAGAGGCUUUUCUGAUGCUCCUUCAGAGCAGUGGGGCCCUCCGUGGGUGGUCCUAAAACCGAGAUCCAAAAUGGAGUUGGCCACUAGUGACACUGGUCCUCUCUCCCACCCCCCUCCCUCAUCUCUCAUCCCUACCCAGGCUUGCUUGGACCCUCCCCACCUCUAGUCUUUCUGAUGAGCUGGGUACAAACAGGGAGGGAGGUACCACAGAGGGCAGAGGCCUGGAAGGGAGGGGCCUUUGGGAUUAUAAAUUCCGAAAAGGCUGCUCAGCUCUCAGAACUGGAUCCCCGAGAAUCCACUGACAGCUUCUGGGGCUGUGGACAUUCUCAGCACCUUCACCAUGAAACACCUGCUGCUGGUCACCCUGACUGCCCUGUUCUGCUGCUGGGUCUCAGCUGACACCAGAUGUCACUCUUGCUACAAGGUCCCCGUGCUGGGCUGUGUGGAUCGCCAGUCCUGUCGUCUGGAGCCAGGCCACAAAUGCCUGACAACAAACGUGUACCUUGGAAAGAUGUGGGUUUUCUCUAACCUGCGCUGUGGCACACCGGAGGAGCCCUGUCGAGAGGCUUUCAACCAAACCAACCACAAGCUCGGCCUGAACUACAACACCACCUGCUGUGACCAGGACAACUGCAACAGCCCAGCUCCAAGGCCCACACCUGCGCUGGCUCUGGUCUCCCUCACCUCCUUGGCCGGCCUUGGCCUCUGGCUAUUGCACUGAGAGUCACUCCACGGCUGCAUGCUUCCCAUCUCUUAGCUUGAGUCUUUCUCCCUGUGCCCUGAGAACUCCAGCUCUCCAGAAUGCUCUCCCUCACCCCUGGCUCCUUUCUUCUGAAGAUCAUUCCCCUGUUGUCCCAUUUAUUUCAUGGGACCGUGCCUAGAGUGGUCUUUCCAGCCACCCUUCUCAGCUGGCACCCUCCAUUUUAUACCAAGUCCUUCCCCAUUUCCUUGGAGACCUCUCUGUCUCCUUCACUGGCCACUGAAAGGACCCCUACCUGAAUGCACACUGGUGUGACCCUGGGAUGAGCUCCGGAAGUGCUACCGUCUUGUCUCCAGUGAGUGAUCCCAAAGGACCCGCUAACCUCAAUGCAUGGGGUUGAUUCAUUCAAACCUCUGCUCAUCUCGUUCCAUCUUGAGAAAUAAAUGUGGGUGUCU